CACAUUAUUUAUGAGACUACCAAUUUUGAAACCGAAAAAAGAGAAAUUUCUCAAACUGCUCCAUCGUCUUCCUCCUUCCUACCUUCUCCCCUUGAAACCCUAGAAGCUCCCUCACCAUACUGCCCCGCCAUAUCCCUUUUGCUCAUCUUCCUUCACUGUUUGCCGUACUUCAGUGCCGCAAUCGAAGCUCUCUCCUCUCCGACGUCGAUCGGGUCGAGGUUUCCCCCUCCGAUGAAUCUCCAGCAAGCCUCGCAGCCUAGGCCCUCUGCAAACGGCUAUGGCCGCAGAAGGCAGGAGCGCGAGGGUGGCGGAGGUGGAGGUGGUGGAGGAGCUAGGGCUGAUCAAUACAGAUCGCAAUCGGGCAAAUCGAGCUCCAACAAGUCCGCACACACAGGUGGACUCGCUGCCGGCAAGAUUGGAGGCCCGUCGGGCGACCGUUUGUUGUACUUGGCGACGUGUCUGAUAGGGCACCCGGUGGAAGUCCAGGUGAAGAAUGGUUCCCUGUACACUGGAAUUUUCCAUGCCACAAACGCGGACAAGGACUUUGGUAUCAUCUUGAAGAUGGCUCACAUGACAAGAGAUGGCUCGGCUAAAGGCCAGAAAGCAGAUGGAGAGUCCCUUAGCAAGGCUCCCUUGAAAACGCUCAUAAUUCCUGCUAAAGAGCUUGUUCAAGUUAUAGCGAAGGAUGUGCCAGUGACAAGUGAUGGAUUGAAUGAAUUUCAACAUGAGAAGCAGCAGGAGCUAAUGCUGGACUCCUACAUAUCUCAAUCUCGUCAUGUAGAUGUUGAGAGAGUGCUGGAGCCUUGGGUCCCUGAUGAAGAUGACCCGCGAUGUCCUGAAUUGGAAAAUAUAUUUGAUGCCCAUUGGAAUAGGAACUGGGAUCAAUUUGAGACAAAUAAGAUGUUGUUUGGAGUAAAAAGCACUUUCAAUGAGGAACUCUACACAACAAAACUUGAGAAGGGUCCGCGAAUGAAAGACUUGGAGAAGGAAGCAUCACGGAUAGCAAGAGAAAUUGAGGGUGAAGUAACUCAAGAUCUUCAUUUGGCAGAGGAAAGGGGUCUUCACCUUCAUGAGGAUUUCGACAUUGAUGAAGAGACUAGAUUUUCUUCAGUCCAUAGGGGCAGGGUGGCAGAUGAUAGUGGAUAUGAAGAAGAUGAAGACAUACUGUUUAACUCGCGUAACACGGACACUUUUGGUGAUUCUGUUGCUCCCGUCACUAGUGAGGUCUUUGGUGGUUUAACGACUGGGAAAAGCAGUCAAAGAAUUCCUCCAUCAUCAAGCUCCUUAAAUGUGGAGGAUCGACAAACUUCUGGAUCUGCUUCUGAUACAGAUUUCUGUACUUCUGGUGCCUUAGAUGCUACUAGACAGCAAUCUUCUGGAGUCUCUUGUGGAACUUUUGCUUCUGCAAUUAGUGAAAGCAGAGUGCAGGAGAGUUCAUCCAGUGAUCUUGCAGGAGAUACCGAGUCAAAAGUGCAGACAGCAAGGCAGCAACUUGACGAGGAUGCUCGAACCUUGCAAUCUGAAGGAAAAAAAGCAGAUGCAGAUUCUCGGUCAUCUAUGCAUGGGAAGAAAGAUGCUUCCGAUAAUGGGGUCUCAUUGCCUGAUGCUGUUGCCCGCCCUCCUCCAGAGGUCUCCAUAAAGGAUCAAGAAGAGAGAAAACCUACUAGUGAAUUGGUGGAGGGGGUGACCUAUGGAAGAAAAACACACGCGGAGUCACCUUCUGUUGAAUCCAAUCAACAGCCUGGUAGUUCCAGGUCUUCCAUUUCCGAUCAUGUGGGUGCUACUUCAGCUUCGACUCGUGCUGGUCUAACACCCAGCUCCUCAAUGGGCUCUUUAUCUUCUGAGAAGUCAACACUGAAUCCUAAUGCAAAGGAAUUUAAACUUAAUCCAAAUGCAAAAAGCUUCAUUCCUUCGCAAACACCUCUCAGGCCUCCAUCCCCGGUUUCAGAUGCCUCAUUUUAUGUCCCGUCAAAUGUGGCUGCUGUCUCACAUAUGCAUGGCAUGCCAGUGGGUGUCGGGAUUGGACCUUCAUUUGUGGGUCAUCAGCCUGUAAUGUUCAAUCCUCAGUUUGCUCCAAUGCAUUCAGCUCAGGGAUAUAUUCAUCCCAAUGCACCUCAGUAUGGACAGCAGGUGCUUUAUGGUCAUCCAAGACAAGUUCCUUAUAUGUCAAGCUAUCCUCCUGAAAUGCAGUACAAAGGAAGGGACUUUUAGUGGGUUUUAGUUGAUGACAGUAUUCUUGGAUCCUCUGCUCAGUAAUUAAUAAACCUAUCAAACCUUACUGUCUGGGUUGGAACAAAUUUUUUCGGACAAAAGCCCAGGGUGAUCGUGAAGAGGAUCCUGCCCCAUCCGGUCUUGGGAGUUAUCCUCUAGGGAAGGUUCGAUUGGUGUUCGGGAUUGAUUGACUUUAUGACCUUGUUGUACUCUCCUCCUAAUGCCCAUGACCCCUCGGACUUCCAUUUUCUCUUAAGACAGCACACCCCUUGCUGGAACAAUUUGUACUUUAACUCUGUAUUUGAUUGUGCGACUUAAAGCUUAGGUUUAGAUGUAU